AUGCAAGCAUUUGACAAUAGAAGUCGCAGCGACAAGCCAAUACAAGUUUGCUUAUUUCUCUUGCCUUCGAUGAUUCCCCGAGUAAUAUCGUGUUGUAUGUUUUUGUCGUCAUCAUCUACAGUCCAGAUGUCUGUUUCCCGCAUUGCGGUCCGUGGAGCUGCGACAGCCGCGCCGCCUCCGCCGAAGAAACCCCAAAAAACUUCGUUUGGAGGACUCAAGGACUCAGAUCGUAUCUUCACCAACUUAUAUGGUCGUCACGACUAUCGCCUCAAAGGAGCACUAGCUAGAGGUGAUUGGUAUAAAACCAAGGAAAUCAUUUUGAAAGGCUCGGAAUGGAUUAUUAACGAAAUCCGUAAAUCUGGUCUGCGUGGCAGAGGAGGUGCUGGUUUUCCUGCAGGAAUGAAAUGGAGCUUUAUGACGAAGCCAUUUGAUGGGCGUCCGAAGUAUCUCGUAGUGAAUGGAGACGAAGGAGAGCCUGGAACUUGUAAAGAUCGUGAAAUUAUGAGACAUGACCCACACAAAAUCAUCGAAGGAGCUCUUAUCGCUGGCGUGGCCAUGGGCGCACGUGCUGCUUAUAUUUACGUUCGUGGUGAAUUUUAUAAUGAAACUUGCAUUCUGAAAGAGGCUAUCCAUGAAGCUUAUAAAGCUGGAUUUAUUGGCAAAAACUGCUGCGGAACAGGCUACACAUUCGACGUCUUUAUUCAUCGCGGUGGUGGUGCAUACGUCUGCGGAGAAGAAACGGCACUGCUGGAGUCGAUAGAGGGAAAGCAAGGCAAACCCCGUCUGAAGCCCCCGUUUCCAGCUGAUAUCGGUCUAUUCGGCUGUCCAACGACUGUCUCAAAUGUGGAGACCAUUUCUUCUUCUCCGACGAUCUGUCGCAGAGGUGGAGAUUGGUAUGCCUCAUUUGGACGUGAGAGGAACCAUGGGACUAAGAUAUACUGCAUAUCCGGACAUGUCAAUCAUCCAUGUACCGUCGAGGAAGAGAUGUCCAUCCCGCUCAAAGAACUUAUCGAACGACACUGUGGCGGAGUUAUCGGUGGAUGGGAUAACCUUCUAGCCAUCAUACCCGGAGGCGUGUCCGUCCCACUUCUGCCCAAGAACAUCUGCGAAACUGUGCUGAUGGACUAUGAUGCUUUGCUUGAAGUAAAUUCAGGGCUCGGAACUGCUGCUGUCAUAGUGAUGAAUAAGCAAACCGAUAUUGUCAAAGCCAUUGCUCGCCUAUCCACGUUUUAUAAACAUGAGACUUGUGGACAAUGUACGCCUUGUAGAGAAGGUUGCAACUGGUUGGACAAAGUUAUGUGGCGAUUUGUGGAUGGAAAGGCUGAUCCGAGUGAAAUCGACAUGUUAUGGGAAAUCACUAAACAAAUCGAAGGCCAUACUAUUUGUGCUCUUGCCGAUGCUGCAGCAUGGCCUGUGCAAGGUUUGAUCCGUCACUUCCGUCCUGAACUCGAACGUCGCAUGGCCGAGUUUCAGAAGAGAGCUCUUGCCGAAAAAGCGAUUAGUAAAAGCAAAAGCACUAAAUAG